GAGCACCAUCCACUCCGGAAGGAUUUCGUUGACGUACCUACCYCCGAAGACCGGAAGCAACGGUCUCGCCCGUGGUUCAGCGGCGUUCCAGCCCAAAAGUCCCGCUUGAACACCGCUCCGGCAGCCAGGAGUGGACGGUUGUCUUUGUUGGUUCCAUGCGGAGGCUUCUGCUCCGGGCACCGGGCCUCGUUCGCGGAUUUUCGCGGGCGCACGGGUGGGAUUCCGCGGGCCGCAGGGGGCUUUCCACCGGGCCGGACCGGGCGGCAACUCCCAUCCCCGGUGGAAACCGGGGAGAAGCCUUCCCGGAGGUCCACUGGGCCCCCGCCAUCGAGCUCGACCCGGGACGGAAGGUCGCGGGGCUCGCCGAAGCGGCCGUGGUCGGGACCAGCGGGGACACGGUGGCGCUCGCCACCGUCGCCCUCGGGGAAAAGGGGGGAGCACCUUGCCGGCCGCCUUGCCUCGGAGCCGCCCUGGUGCGGGCCUGCUCCCGCUCGGACACCGCGCCGGCGGCGGUGGUGGUGGACUACCGGCAGCGGCACCACGCGGUCGGGAAGAUCCCGCACUCUUCCCUGCGGACCGACAAUGGGAGGCCCUCGGCGCGGGAGGUCCUUUCGGCGAGGGCCAUCGACCGGUCGCUGAGACCGCUGCUGCUGCGCCCCGGCUGCGGAACCAGCGGGGGGGGAGAAACACAAGCCCCGCCGAUCCACCUCUCCUGCAGCAUCCAGGCCUACCCGACGACCGACCGCCCCGGGGCAUCGGCCGCCGGGGGCGGCCACCCGUUGCCGCUGGCACUGAACGCGGCGUCGCUGGCACUCGGGGACAAGCUCCGGGAACGGGUGGCCGCGGCGGUCCUGUGCCUGAUGGAGGACGGGAGCGUCCUCGUGAAUCCGUCCGUGUCCCUGCUGCAAAACCACCGGCCUGGCCACGGAAGCGGCGAGGGUUGUAGCGGAGUCGUGGGCGAGCUCUUGUACGCCGGAACAAGGGACUCCGUCGUCAUGGUGGAAUUCUCCGGGAAUUUGCCCGAAGACCGCCUCUUGGAACUGAUGCGGCUGGCACACGACGCCAUUCAGCCCGUCAUUGAAACGCAAGAACAAAUGAUGAAACACCGGCAAAACGAGGAGUACCCGGACGACAGCGAACUCAGGAAACARCUCGGGAUCGUGGCCGAAGACGACGCGUCGGACGUCGCCGCAUCUCUUUCCUCCCAACAAACAAAAGAAAACGAAUGUCGGGCCAAAGCGGAUGCGAUCUACGAGGAGGCCAUGGGGUACGUCGGUCUGCAUUUGGGAGAUGCGCUUCUGAGGCUGUUUGGAGCGGAAACAGAAAAAAACAGCGUUGGCRGCGACCAAGCCACGGGACAGAGAAAGGUAGCGAUUCACUCGGAAGAGAAGGACGGACCUUUGGUCGGGAAGAGCAUCCGGGGGAGAAGGGAAGCACUGGUGAGGAACGAAAUCAAGCGUCUGUUGGAGCGGUUUGAACCAGCGGACCCGAAGCUUGCCAAGGAAUACCGGAAGGCUUUGGAGGACAACAAAUCGAUCCUUGGCACGCUGGGGGAUGCUCUGUGCUCGCAGAUGCUACGGGAGGCCAUGGCGGAGUCGUCGAUCCUGCACAAAAGCCGUGCCGACGGCCGUCGCGGAAACGGUGCCGGCGGAAACCACACGAUCCGGCCGAUUUCGAUGGACGUACCGGCCCUGCCGGGUGUCGUUCACGGGUCGUCCAUGUUUGCGAGAGGAGAAACACAGGUUCUCUGCACUACUACGCUCGGACCACCGCGAGACGGAAUCCUCCGGAGGGAUCCGUUCGAACCGAUCACGGAUUCUCCGGAGAGCUUCGAUGAGUACAACCCCGAUGCACCCUCCAAGACGCUCCCCGUCGGAUCGCUCCGGUACCUCCGGUCGCAAGAACACCUCGAGUCCGACCUAAAUUCCAGGAAGGUUCUCGCCGAUCGGGAACAAACCGGCGAUUCCGGCACCCUAAGGGAACGCCACCGCGCCUUUUUGCAAUACGACUUUCCUCCUUACUGCAACGGGGAAGCACAAACUAGAUCAUCGAGCGCCAGCAGGCGCGAAAUCGGCCACGGYGCUCUGGCCGAGAAGGCCAUUCUGCCAAUCCUCCCUCCGGCAAACAAGUUCCCGUAUACGAUUCGAAUGACCAGCGAAGUCACCAGCUCGAAUGGGUCCUCUAGCAUGGCUACUAUUUGCGGGGUGGUGCUGUCGUUGCUUGACGCGGGCGUUCCUAUCUCGGCACCCGUAGCAGGCGUGAGCGUUGGUCUCGUGCAAGAUGCGGGCAACGAAUCGUACCAAUUGCUUCUGGACAUAUCCGGAACCGAAGACCACUAUGGCCAAAUGGAUUUCAAGAUCGCGGGUACAGCCGAGAGCGUGACUGCAAUGCAACUGGAUGUGAAACAACCCCUUUCGUUUGCUAUCGUGGCAGAUGCACUCCAGCUAGCAAAAGAAGGAAGGACCGCGAUCCUAGAAGAAAUGAAAACCCAGAGCGAUGCGUCCUCCGAAGGAGUGAUUUCGGAUUUGUCGCCCCGGCCCGAGCUAAAGUCUUCGGCACCGAGGUGCUCGGUGGUAAAAUUUGACCCCGCGCGAAAAAAGGAUCUGCUCGGACCGGGAGGUGUCGUGAUUCGACAAAUGGAGGAUCGUUUCAAUGUCUCGCUUGACCUAACCCAAGAAGGCCAGUGUUUGUUGUUUGGUGACGACAGAGAAAUGGUGAGAAAAGCGAAGACGGCGGUGAUGGAUCUCGUGAGCGACGUGGAAGUCGGGGUCACCUACGAGGGCAUCAUUAUCGAGAUACGCGAUUUCGGGAUCAUUGUCGAAUUGCUACGCAACAAGGAAGGACUAUGCCAUGUCAGCGAGCUUUCGAGCAAGAAAGAGAUUCGAAACCAUUCUGGCGGUACGAAAGAGCUCCUGAACAAGUCUCUCCGUAUCGGCCAAAAGAUCGAGGUCGUUUGCAUCGCGGUUGAUCCAGUUCAAGGCACCAUACGACUACGCCCAGCGUCAACGAAAGAGGCGUUUUGAAGCUACUCAUGAAAAAUUAUAA